CAGUGGGCCGUCCCAUGAGAUAGUGGUGGAAGUAUUUACCAGGAGUUCCUUUGUUGACAAAUUACCAUCUGGUCAGAAAUUUGUGUAAAUUGUACAGAAUGAGCAGAAGUGAAGUGUGAAAUGAGCUGUCAUAAAACGUAGCGGAGAUGGGGAAAAGACCUGGCGGUGAUGGACACACAGUAACCUGUUCACCUGUCAACUGGGGAGACUGCAGUAGAAAUGCACUGUCACCUGGCUUACAGCACCUGAGGGAUAUACACUGACCUGGAUCAGCACACCUGAGGGAAUUACACCUGUCACUGGGCAGGAUCACAGUCUUUCACUGGAAUGCAGCUGAUUUUAAUGGAAGUAAUAAGCCAUAUUGAUUGGACAUGGGAUGUAGAGAUUGUAGGAAGGGUUUCAGCAGGUCUGCGUCAUUAAUAUGACCUCUCACACCAAACGGGAGUCCCCACACGGAGACAGUCGUGAGAAUCUGGGGGUGGACCUGCUGGAUACGACCUCGGCUCGGUUACGGGCGCAGCAGGCUGCGGAGUAUUACCACAAGUCGGUGCUGCAGAAUGGUAGCAGCCCACACAGCACGCCACCAGCGCGGGAGAUACCGCGGGAAGACAGCCCAAAGGUAAACGGUAACGGCAGCGCAGGAAGUUCCCCUGGAAACACAAGUACAAGACAUGCUGUCAAGAUUCACCUAAACCUGAGUCGCACGUCUCCACCGAAGGCAAACAUGAACAAUAACACGUCAUACGCGGACGAACGAAUGUCCCCACGGGCUCGCUUGGGGCCACACCCACGGGCCAGCAUGCAUGCGGUCAUAGCCGAGAACAGGUCGUAUCGUAAACCCAAAUCAAAAGUGGACCCAUACAAGGGAAUGGACCGGGAGAGGGGAGGGCAUGCCUUGUUACGGUCCAAACGAUCCAACAGUGACUUGAGCUUGAAUGAAGUAGCCGAUGAUUACUUGGAUGGCUCCCUCAGACGGGAGUACGGGAGUACCUCCUCACUAGAGGUACAGAGUGUCGGUGGCGAGAGCUUCUUUGCAAUGUUGAAGGACCUUCGACCAGACAUGUCAUUUGACCAACGUAGCCCUGCCCCACCAAAGAUACAGGACUACCUUCGGUGCAGGGCUGAUGGUACGUUGGUCGAAGCUUCUGGACGAGUUGUAAAUGGUGUCCCUGAGGAACCCAAACCUCAGAACAGCUCCUCAAGCCCCAAACUCAGUAGAGCAAUGACCCCACGGGCGAAGGAGAAACAGAUGAAAUACUCCCGCUCAAAGUCAGCAGGGGGUGAAACCUCGCUCUUCAGUAUGCUGCUAGGGACAAAGAAAGAAGGACCAGACUCCAUGAAGUCACCUGACGCGGAGGUGGAUGGUCGCCUGGACGAUAAAUUGCGUAGACGAGCAUUCUCGCACUACGAUUGCCAGAGCAUGACCUUUAACCUUUCGGACGUUGUCAGAAACAAGGAGUAUCUGGAACGGAGGAGAAACACGACAACGGGCGCCUCUGCGGCCUCCUCGAUACGGACUAGUCAUGCCUCCAGUCCCCACAACAGUACCGAGGACCUGUCUAUACAGGAGCUGGAUCUUGGGGAUGGAAAGAGCAAUAAUCUUGUACUCAGUUGUCCUUUCUUCCGGAAUGAGCUCGGUGGGGAGGAGGAGAGAAGAAUAAGUUUGUCGCGGGGCAAUGGGGGAAGUCGGGCAUCGCGAGCAUUUCGCGAGGGGAUGGGACCAAAUCUAGACUCCAUGUCGGGCUUAAGACCAACAACAGCAAGUGUUUCGGUGUUGGACACGGGCCCUGAUCAGGACGAUAUGUGGCCAGUUGGGGGCAGGACGCGUGGGUACGCUAUUGAGCACGUGGACCACGGAGCAUACUACUUCAGGAGGUACUUUCAUGGACAAUCUGAAGUCCAGAAUUACUUGGGGGUUGAUGAGAACCUGGGUCCCAUCGCUAUCAGCAUCCGGAGGGAGAAACUCCCAGAUCACAGCGGCACCAGCAGCUCAUCAAACAAAGAUGGUGGCUCUCCUGUACCUGCUCAGUACAUGUACCGCCUCAUCAUCAGGACCAGUGAUUUGGUAACCCUGCGCGGGUCUAUCCUGGAGGAUGCCAUCCCCUCCACAGCUCGACAUGGUACAUCCCGGGGCCUGCCCAUCAAGGAUGUUCUGGAGUUCGUUGCCCCAGAGGUCAACCUUGGCUGCCUGCGCCUUGCCUCGCUCAGCCCGAAAACAUCGGAACAGCUGAUGAGACUGGACGAACAGGGCAUCUCUACCCAGUACAAGGUGGGCGUCCUAUACUGUAAGACAGACCAGGGCACAGAGGAGGAGAUGUACAAUAAUGAGUCUGCCGGUCCCAUAUUUGAUGAGUUCCUGGACACACUGGGGGAGCGGGUUCGUCUCAAGGGCUUUGAGAAGUACAGAGCACAACUUGACAACAAAACGGACUCCACCGGUAGCCACUCCCUGUAUGCUACAUACAAGAACUGUGAAGUGAUGUUCCAUGUGUCCACCAUGCUGCCAUACACACCUAACAAUAGACAGCAGCUACUGAGGAAGAGACACAUUGGGAACGACAUCGUGACUAUCGUGUUCCAGGAGCCAGGCGCACUGCCCUUCACUCCAAAGACAAUCCGCUCACACUUCCAGCAUGUUUUCAUCGUGGUACAAGCCAUCAACCCAAACACAGACAAUGUCAUGUACCAGGUCACAGUGGCUAGAUCCAAAGACGUUCCCCCCUUCGGCCCCAGCAUGCCUGAGGGUGCAACCUUCCCCAAGUCUCCUCAGUUCAAGGAGUUCCUGCUUGCUAAAAUAAUCAAUGCAGAAAAUGCAGCCCACAAGUCGGAGAAGUUUGCCGCCAUGGCCGUUAGGACAAGGCAGGAGUACUUGAAAGACUUGGCUGCAAAUUGCACAACAACAACUUCCAUUGAUUCAGCUCUCAAGUUUGGGAAGUUCUCUCUAAGCGGGAAGAAGAAGGAGAAAACCCGGCCCAGACUGGCCCCUGAGCUGGCCAGCACAGGAGCCAUUAUCUGGGAUAUACAGAUUGAGGACUUCAGCACCUCCACCACAGUAGACUGUAUCCUGGGCAUCUCCAGCGAGAUGUUUGUACUUGUGGACACGGACAUGAAGGAGGCUCUCUUCUCUACACCCUGCAAGUCUGUCAUUGGCUGGACAUCACAAACUGAUGGGCUGAAGGUUUACUACAACCGUGGGGAGUGUGUGGUGAUGAGCUGUCCUGACUCCAAGGCAGAAGUCACGGAGAUUGUGGAGAGACUAAUGAGAGUCACACAGGGGUGUGAGACCCUGGAGAUGACCCUCAGGCGGAACAGCCUGGGUCAGCUGGGCUUCCAUGUUGACCUUGAGGGCAUGGUGGCAGAGGUCGAGCCAUAUGGCUUUGCUUGGCAGGCAGGGCUGAGACAAGGCAGCCGAUUGGUAGAGAUCUGUAAGGUUGCUGUAGCGACUCUAAGCCAUGACCAGAUGAUUGACCUGCUGAGAACAUCGGUGACUGUAAAAGUGGUCAUCAUUCCCCCCAUGGAGGACGGCACACCCCGCAGGGGCCUGUCGGACCAGUAUUCCAACUACUCCACAUUGGAGUCCAGCGUCUCGUCCCACUCAUCUCAGGAACGUUCUGACGACGACAGCGUGUCUGGCGCCUCACGGACCUUAACCAGCUCACGGAACUCCUCACUCAGGUCCAACCAAUCAGCUGCUAUCCAGACUACACAGCCCCAGAGGUCAUCCUCCGCCUCCCCAAACGCUCGCCAGGGCAGCCCCUCCCAGUUCCGCUACCGUCAUGAGUACGGGCAUGGUCGUGACUCGGGCGGGGAGCUGCGGAGACAGGUGCUGGAGGGGAUGAGUGGGCGGGAGGGGCGCUACAGCCGGGACUCGCCGUCCUCCACCCUCCCCCUGCUGGUGGGGCAGGACGAACCCAGUCUGAUGGAGGAGAGACAUCAUGCUGAGAAUGUUGACACACACGAUGCAGCAGACCUGGCCUGGGCCUACAAGCCUGAGAUGUACAUGGAGUCAGGAUCCAGCAACAUCAACUACCAGCAGAACAGAGCACAUAGGCAGAACAACAUGCAUACUUUUCUCUUUCCCUUCUUUCCUUACUACUGCUGUCCUUUCUUAAUUCAUACUCCCAACUCUAGUGACUCCAGUAAGAACAACACCCUGUCCAGCACAGACACCAGCACCAGCGAUGAGAAGUGGUAUGACACAGGAGACAACAUGGAGCCGGAGUUCCCGUCCACCCAGCGUACAGCGUCCACAGACAGCGGGCUGGAUGGAGCCAUGAUCCCCAUGACAAACCUUAUGAAGGCAGGGGAUCGGGAAGGUUCCACUCAGCAUGUGGGGGAGUCUGCUGAGAAUUUCCACACCCCUCCUGAGAAUGCUGUUAGUGUUCCUGACUUCAUGCAGCAUCCUCGGUACCGCAGCAGCAUCACCAGGGCUAUGGAGAAGAUGAGAGGCCAGGACCCUGACGGCCCGCGAGUCGGCCCACAGGACCCGUCCAACAGCACCUCCAACCUGAGCGAGGUGUCCUCCCACUCCCAGUCCAGCGAUGGCAGCCUGGGGUCAGGGCAAGGUCACAGGGACAGGCUCAACCUGGGCACCAGAGAUGGCAAUCCCAGUCCUAACAAGUCCCAAGGCUCCCCCACUCAGCGGAGGAAGAAGGCUGGCCCUAAGAAGUACGCGCUAGACGACAGUGGCAGCAGCGCCAGCAGCAGCAGUCCAAAGGCCUCGUUACGCAGCUUGGUGCUGGACGACAGCGCGGGGACUCGGUCGCGCCCGGGGUCCAUCGCCACGCGGGGGAGUUCUCGUACGGCGGCACUGCUGCAGGCUGCCAGCAUGCAGGAGGAUCUGCUGAAACUCAUCAACCCUGAUGUCAGCGAGGCAGAAAUUCAGGCCUCCAACAGCAGAGACGGUGCCAGUGGCCCCGGCAGACCGCCCAUCCCGCGCACCGUGUCGGACGAGAGCAUGAACGGGUCACGCCUGAACAUGAACCGCAGCAGCAGCCAUGAUUCGCUGGACCGUGCAGGGCGCGGAGAGUCAACCUUUAACAGUGCAGUGCCUCUGCUGAGGACAUACCCCACCAGGAUGAGCGCCCAGUCUGCACAUGUCAGAGAAGGAGGGCGUGACAAGGGUUACCCUGGCAACAUGCUACCCCUCCCUGAUCCUGCCGCCGGUAUCAACUGGAACAACCUGGUGGAGACAGCCAAACAGUUUGAAGCCCACUGGGGGAAGGAACUGGAUCUGUCCAGCCUCUCGGACCUUUCUGUACAGGGUAUCGGACCCUCUCCAGUUGCGAACAGACCAGCACCUGAGACAGAGACGAGACCAUCAGGAGAGGCAAGCGAGGAUCGGUCUGGUGGAACAAACCCUGAGAACAAGCUGCAGCCGUCCGCACGUAUGAGCGCAGGGCAGCAGCUAAGGAGAGACCCAGAGGAGUCCCAGAGAGGGAGAAGACCACAGUCAGCCCUUCAGCGCUCCACAGAGCUGGAGACACGGGUGCGCCAACUCCAGGAGGAGCUGAGAAAGGAGCGUCAGGAGAAGGCAGCGCUGCAGGCGGAGAAUGAGCAGCUGCGGCAGGACAACGUGCGGCUGCAGGAGGAGUCCCAGACAGCUGCUGCACAGCUGCGCAAGUUCACCGAAUGGUUCUUCAACACCAUCGACAGGCAAUAACUUCAUUUGGUGACAGACAUACGCUGAGACACAUCCUGGGGAGUGCUAGAGAAUCCUGGUGACUUCACAUAACAAUGGCCAUUACAGUCCAUCUUCAUGUGUGACUUGCAGAAACUUAACUCACAGUGCUUCAGAUGACUGUCCACUUUCUACUGUAGGAAGUUUGGAGGAACACAGCCACAGGAAACCUCUACAAUCAGUAACAGCCCCGUCACUGUGGAUCGUACUACAUGUAUUAGUUUGCAGGGGAUGACCGGAUCGGAAAAUAAUUACCCAGCUGUGAGUCAUACAGGGCAUAUUUUGUAAGAAGCAUUGAACAACAGAGUGGAAGUUUUACAGAAUUAUUUGUUUGAAAGUAAGGAAUAUGAAAUACAAACAUUAGGUAGUCCAAAUGUCUAGUCUAUGAACAAUGUUUUCAUGAAACCAAACUGUCAGUAAUGUGUUGCACACAGUAUUAGACUAAGGGUUUUGUUGUUUGAUGAACUGGAUUUUUUUUUACAUCAAGACUUUUGCAUCCAUAAAUCCAGAAAGAAUAGGUUGAAACAACAAUUAUUGUAAAUGAUCAGGCUACAUAAAAGUAGAUGCUUUUUAGUGAAUAAUUACAGAAAUUCUUCUAGAAUGUAUCUACUCUGAAUUCAAAAUCCAUUCAUUAAAGAUCGCCUUGUUGGAAAUAACCAGCCAGUGACCACAUUCCCUGUAUCCCUCCACUUACAGUAUGAUGUAUGUCUGACACAGUAUCUACUGGUUCAACCAAUAGUAGAUAUGCAUGGUGUUCUGUGUUACUAGUAGGUUAUUCCAAGUGUUGUGCUGUUCUGUCUGUGUAGUUCACGUUGGAUGUCAUUUUAAUAGUGGGAGUUAGCCUGGCCAUGUGGAUAAACUUGCCAUCUGGGACAGUUCUCGGAGAAUGCUCUAGCUGUUCAAGGGAACCUUUUUAUCUUGCUAGUAUAGAUAUAGGUAGUAUCCCUAUGCAACUUGAUGGGUAACCCUAGAUAGUUUGUCUACUACUUGAGUUCAACCCUUAGUUGUUUUGUUUUUUUUUCAGAUAAGGCUUCAUAAGAAAUGCUUUAUCAUCAUCCAUACACACCAAAUGUAUUUAAAGACAACUUCACGUCAACAUGCACCCCUGUCAGUGUGCUUAAGUAGGCAAUAGCAGAAUCAAGCUGAAGUAUUUUCUUCAUUGAACAAGAAUCAUUUAGUAAGGCUUGACUUAAGACCUGGCAAGUAGGAAAGGUAGUUAGUGUACAAGUCUACCCAAGUGAGCCCUUAUGGCCGACACAGUUGACACGGAACUUCUUAACUACUGUCUCAAAAUAUCCUGCUGUGUAACAUAGCUUUUUGUUGCAGUUUUUGCCAGUGCCUGAGUGGUCAUGUGUUUGAAUCAGCAAUGGUUGUAAUUAAUUGAUCCAUUAUUGUCCAGUUUGUACCAUUUUUCCUUCUUGAACUGAUGAGGAAUUUACUGAUAGUGAAAAUUAACUUGUGGAUAGCUAGGCUAGAUGACAGGUGAAAUGGGUGUUGUUAACAUUGAUAAUACUGUAUAUUUUGUUGAGGAUAUACAUUUGUAGUGUGCUCAAUGAGCAUUAUGUUUUAAAUAUUUUAUACAGCAUUUUGUUGUAAAAGACUUUUUUUAAAUGUUUGGGUUGAUAUAGUUUUGUAUAUGGAUUUGUUGGUCUGACUUAGCCAGAGAGCACAGAAGGAGUAGAGACACCAACCCAGUCAGUAAUACAUACAAUCAGUGUUGACAUGAAAUUGAUAUUUGUAUGAAUUGUCCAAAAAGGAAAAUCAGUGGCUGGGAGCUAAUUGAUGAAAAUAAUGUUUUUAUUUGAGUACAAUCUCGGUAACAUGUAUAGAAUUGUGUUUAUCUAAACAAAAAUAUCUUGUAUAGGCCCAAUCGUAACCAAUUUCUUGUUGUCAAUAUUGUUUACUGAUGUCAUUUGAUUUUUGUUUACUAAAGAGAGGUGCUGCCAGCACCCUUGUGGCCUCAGUCUCACCUACAUCACAGUGUGUACAUAAGUAUCCCACAGUAGGUAGUCACCCUUGUCUGUACAUAAAUUUGUACAUGUAUUUGUAUUGUACGGGUGACAAGUGAAGAUAGGAGCCCAUGCUUUGUACAGAAUUGUGUCCACUCCCCCAAUGUGUCGGGGAAGACUGGGAAAUAAAGCUUUCCUCACUGUA